AUGUUGUCGAGAAGGCUUCUUGCGACGACGCGAGGCGUCCACCCCCAGCGUCAGCUGCAGCUGCAGUGCUCUCGACGCGUGCUUCUCGUCAGGCAAGCCCACACCUACGCAACCCCACGGGCGAGUGUGCCCCUUCGCCAGCUCCGCCGACAGUCCUCACCGCUCCCUCUCGUACAUGUCCGCACUUAUGCCGACACGGUUGUCAAGGUCCCUCAGAUGGCAGAGUCUAUCUCUGAGGGUACCCUAAAACAAUGGUCGAAACAGAUCGGCGACUAUGUCGAGCAGGAUGAGGAAAUCGCAACCAUCGAGACCGACAAGAUCGAUGUUGCUGUGAACGCCCCCGAGGCCGGUACCAUCAAGGAAUUCCUCGCCAAUGAAGAGGAUACUGUGACCGUCGGUCAAGACCUGGUCCGGAUAGAAGUUGGCGGUGCACCGGCCGAAGGUGGCAGCAAGGCCGAACCCAAGGACUCAAAGGCUCAAGAUGACUCCGGUGCUCCGCCUCCGGAAAAGAAGCCAGAGCCAGAGUCAAAGCCAGAGCCCAAGCAGGAAAAGAGCGAAUCUAAGCCUGCACCUCCUCCCGAAAAGAAGGAUACUCCGCCGCCGCCGAAACCCUCUUCCCAGCCGCCCAAGGAAUCGUCCGAUGCCAAGGCCCCAGCUGGCUCCCGCGAAGAGCGCCGUGUCAAGAUGAACCGCAUGCGUCUCCGCAUCGCCGAGCGAUUGAAGCAGUCCCAGAACACCGCUGCUUCACUGACAACAUUCAACGAGGUUGACAUGUCCUCGCUCAUGGAGUUCCGCAAGUUGUACAAGGACGACGUCCUGAAGAAGACGGGCGUUAAGCUUGGAUUCAUGAGCGCCUUUGCUCGCGCUUCCGUCCUUGCCAUGAGGGAUCUUCCAGUUGUCAAUGCCUCCAUCGAGGGCCCAAAUGGUGGUGACACCAUCGUUUUCCGAGAUUAUGUCGACAUCAGCGUCGCCGUUGCGACGGAGAAGGGUUUGGUUACCCCAGUCGUUCGCGAUGCCCAGUCGAUGGACAUGCUCGGAAUUGAGAAAUCCAUUGCAGAUAUGGGGAAGAAGGCUCGGGAUGGCAAGCUCACUAUCGAAGAUAUGGCCGGCGGAACAUUUACAAUCAGCAAUGGCGGUGUUUUCGGCUCGCUCAUGGGUACGCCCAUCAUUAACUUGCCUCAGACCGCGGUGCUUGGUCUUCACGCUAUCAAGGAGCGUGCUGUUGUUGUCAACGGCAAGGUUGAGGCUCGACCAAUGAUGUAUCUUGCCCUUACUUAUGACCACCGUCUGCUCGAUGGAAAGGAGGCAGUCCAGUUUCUAGUGAAGGUGAAAGAAUAUAUUGAGGAUCCUCGACGGAUGCUUUUGUAG